UCCACAUCUUAUAAGUCGGGCCUUCCCCUAGCUAGGUUUUUCUACUUGUCCUUCUUUAUUGAAUUAAACAUUUCCAUCUCCAUAGAAGAUAAGCGUAAGGUAGGAGUAACCAUGGCCACUCAAAGCAAGAUCCUGAUCUUUGGAGGAACUGGGUAUAUUGGAAAAUACAUGGUGAAGGCAAGCCUCUCAAUGGGCCAUCCUACGUAUGUUUAUGUGCGCCCCACCUUCAAUAAUAACAACAUUUCCAGGCUAGAGUUAUUACAGGAAUUCAAGUCCAUGGGAGUGAAGAUUUUUCAGGGAAAUUUGGAUGAGCAUGAGAAGCUGGUCUCCGCACUUCGACAAGUAGAUAUCGUGAUCUCUACACUUGCAACUCCUCAGCAUAAAGAUCAAUUUAAAAUCUUGGAUGCCGUGAAGGAAGCUGGUAAUAUUAAGAGGUUUAUCCCAUCAGAAUUCGGUUGUGAAACGGAUCGAGUAUCUGCGCUCCCUCCCUUCCAAGCCCUCAUUGAUAUUCGAAAGGAGGUGCGGCGAGCCACUGAAGCAUCUGGGAUCCCAUACACCUUCAUAACUGCAAACUGCUAUGCAGCAUACUUCAUUGAUUUUCUAUUACAUCCCCAAGAGAAUAGAGAUGAAGUUCUCAUCUACGGCACUGGCGAAGCAAAAGUGGUGAUGAAUUUUGAAGAAGAUGUUGCUGCUUACACGAUCAUGGUCGUUAAUGAUCCAAGAACCUGCAAUCGUAUUGUCACCUACAGGCCCCCAAAAAAUUUUGUUAGUCAGCUCGAUUUGAUCUCACUCUGGGAGAAACGGACCAAGAAGAUUUUGAAGAGGAAUUACAUAUCUGAAGAAGAAGCCGUGGCUCUCUCACAGACUUUACCCCACCCUGGAAACAUCCAGAUCUCUAUCCUUCAUGAAUGCUUCAUCAAGGGUGAUCUGGUGAACAUGGAACAAGAAGAAGACUUCUUGGAGGCUUUUGAGUUAUACCCAAAUUAUGAUUACACUUCUAUUGAUCAUCUUCUUGAUAUUUGUGUCGUUAAUCCACCAAAAGUAAAGUACGCGGCAUUUUAACUUAUAAGGAUUUUCUCGCAUCACUAGCUUGGGGUAGCAGAUGGUUUCCACAAAAUGUCAUGUGUGGCCAUGAGUAAAUCUGCUAAGAGUUUCCCUUACAUAGUUCUUGUUUUGGAUUUAAGUAGGUCAAUAUUUUUAUGUUUGCAUGAUUUUAUAAGGUGUGAUCCAUGUGAAUGGUUAUGCAAUGUGUUUAACCAUGAAAAUACUUAUGCAUGAUGAGAAUAAUGGAACUUCAAGCACAUAUAUUUUAUGGA